GUGGGCGUCGGCGGAGACAGCCUGAGCUCUGCGGACUUCCAUUCUGUCCCCUGCUCUUCUGAUGUGGAGCCAGGUCUCUGCCCGAUAUAGAGUUGCCCUCAACGAAAGCCACUACCACCAGCAGGCUUUCUGGAGCUCGUGUCACGUCAUUCCCUCCCACACGCUGGUGCUGUUCCCUGGGACAUAGGCCGUGUGGUGGGAACGGUCCGCUGUCCACCGAACUGCAUCUGUCCCUCUCCUCCAGCAGCACCGCAUUGCUGUAACCUGUCUCGACGCAGUCACACAUGUAAGGCGUAGUGUGACCUUUCUACGUGAGAUGGGUGCUGUUAAUGCCUGAGGCAGACAUAAACCAGGACUGUCCCGAUAGACCUCCUUGUCAUCCUAACAGCAGCAACCUAAAUACUGAACUGAAAGACUCUCAGAGUUGCGAGAACUUCUGGCUUGACCCUUCUGCCAAAGGCCAGUUGGAGGCCAAGGAUGAGGACGCUGGGCUUCGAGAAUCCCUGGAUAGAUUCUACGACGUUUUUGGCCGUCCCCAGCCAGCCUCUGAGGACCCGCUCUUAGCAUCUGUCUGCCAUUGCCUGUCUCAGAAAAUCGCUGAGCUUCAGGGCCAGGGGAGCCAGAAGUACGCCCUUCGCAGCUUCCAGAUGGCCCGGGUCAUCUUCAGCCGGGAGGGCUGCUCAGUCUUACGAAAACAUUGCAGGGACACCCGCUUCUACCCACUCUGUGAAGGAAGCCUGGCUCUGGAUGAUGAAAAGCAGACCCCAGGACUUUCAAAAGAUGUCAUCCACUUCCUCUUGCAGCAGAAUGUGAUGGAAGACCCCUAACUAGGGCUGGUGACGGAGGCAGGUAGCACUGGAGGUGAGACACUCUUGGUUGUGCCCUGAAGUUCCUGCUGGCCUUGUGUGCCCAGCCCCAGCUAAUUGCUUUGCAGUUAAAGUUUGGCACCUGCAACCUGGCCCUGGAGCCAGUCAGCCCAUGGGGAGAGCCCUGAGGCCACCCCACCUCCCAGCCACCCCGACUCACACAGUACAACUCGCACAGUAUGUGACACCUUUGCCGGUCUCCCCUCCUCUCCCCACCUCCUCCGCCCACUCCCUUGCUGGUAGGAGCCUCUCCUUAAUAAACCUCUUCUACCUCAGUCCUAAACUCAGAGCUAACCCAGCUUAAGGAAACAGGAUUCAGUGAAGUGAGGUUUUUAUUUAUUUAUUUAUUUAUUUGGUACCGGAGAUCGAACUCGGGACCUUGUGCUUGUGAGGCAAGUGGCAGAUCCGCUGAGCUACAUUCCUGGCUUGAAGUGAGGUUUUUGAAUACAAACCUCUUUACUGAAUGAAGGAUAAGAAUUUUACCAAGUUGUAAAGUAGAGAUCAUGUGAUUGAGAACAUAGAUGCUAAAAUGAUAUAAAGAUUUAAAUAUGGAUCCAAAAGUACCUUACCCUUUAAUCAUACCCUUGCCCCCUCUCCAAAGCCAGAUUCCUUGUUUUACAUUAACGGGAUUUGGAAAGAACAUUUGGACCAUCUAACAGCUACAAUUCACAAAUGAAAAACACAAAGGCUUCUUCAUCUCCACCAGAUUGCAAUGUGAGGAGAGAGAGGGAAAUAAAUGCGUGUCACCCGCUCAGCUGCGUGUGGGCCUGGUGAGCUGGGAAGCUACCCUGUGUGGCCUUGUCAGUUUGCACUGGAAGUGAGUAAGGAGUCCUUUGCCCAGCUGGAUCCUCUUCCUCUUGUUAUUUUUGUCUUCUGCCUGUGUGCUGCCCACUCCCUGUCAUCCUCUGAGCAGUGAACCCUCACCCCUGCCCCAUCCUUGCCCUGCACCCAGAGCUUGGGACGGGACCCCAUGGCUGCCCUGCCUGUCCUCCAGACCUGCACUCUGAGUAGUCUGCGGGCUGCCACUGGCAGGUGCUCUGCUCUGCUCUGCGGGGCCACGUCUUAAACCCUGGUCUGAGACUCUUGGUAGAAUUACAUCACCUGGCACUGAGCUCUUUGUAAUCGGAAGCCUUAUGUUAAUCCCCGCCUUGACAGUUCAGAAGGACUCCGCAGACACAAAGGGUUACAUCGCUUGUUUGGGGAAACAGCAAAAGCUGGCGACUCUGUAAUUAGAUUUUGAGAAACUGGAGGUGAAGUUUAACUGACAUAAGCCUCCCGAAGCUUUCCAGAAAUCGAGGUAUGCACAUGGGGCAGGCUGAAAGUGUGCGUUAAAAGUGAGGGCACCCUCUCAGGAAGGUAUCGUGAGGACUCUUGGAUGGAGAGAAGCCUUUUAAAGUUAGCAACAACGGAUACAAGCUUUCAGUUCAGGGAAGAGGAGAGGGAAGAAACUGUUGGGAACCGAAGGGCAGAGACAGAAAUAGAAGGAGACCUACGAGGCAGGAAAUUGGAGAUGAGUAGGCCUUCAACAGGCCCUGGAGAAAGCAAGACUCCAAGUUCUCCUCUGACAAGGAUUGCCUGCCCCCUGCUAUUCAUUGGCCCCCCAUGUAAUCCAGUGGGACUUAUAACUGAGACCCUGAAAGUUACUUUUUAAGGUUGCUGGUUUUAUUGUUUCUUAGUGUGAAGUAUGUUAAUAGAUGCCCUGGAAGAAUGUUACUGUCUUUAGUAUUAUUCGGACACUGAAAUAUUUGCAAUUAGUCUCCAUGGCUCCUAAUAGAAGGAAAGUUGAGUUAUCCUAUACUGUUUUUAGAGUAAACACAUGCAUCUAUUUAGAUGUCCAUGUUGGAAAGCAGCAGCUUCUGUUUCACAUUGGAAAACUUCUAACCUUCAUUAACACGAGUGCCCAGGGUAUUCUGCAAGAGGAAGACUCUGAAAGCUGAAAAUGUAGAAACCUAAAAGCCAGAAUCACCUUAGGGUAGAGGGGUGUGGUGUGUGUUACUCGUCUCUGGGUAAGUGUUUGUGACAGCCCAGUAUAAGAUAUUUGAUUCUCUGCAGCCCUGCUCCUUAAUUUGAUCUCUGUGAAGUGAGGGUAACAUUUUCCAUUGAUCUCUGGAAACCUUUAAUAAAGAUUAAAAGCUAAGGAUUCUGAGGCUCUGG